CGCAACACCCAUCAAGGUCUUCGUUACUUCAGCCUCACUUCCACCAAUACCACACACUCAAUCCAGCGAUCAUGGCCACCAGCAUCCUCAAGACCAAGUCCGGCGUCAUCUACGGAGACGACGUCAAGGCGCUCUUCAAGCACGCCCAGGACAACAACUAUGCCAUUCCCGCCAUCAACGUCACCUCCUCCUCCACCGUCGUUGCAUCCCUCGAGGCCGCUCGCGAUGCCAAGGCACCAGUGAUCCUCCAGAUGAGCCAAGGCGGUGCCGCCUACUUCGCCGGCAAGGGUGUUGAGAACAAGAACCAAGAGGCAUCCAUCGCUGGAGCCGUCGCCGCCGCUCACUACAUCCGCGCCGUCGCUCCAUCUUACGGCAUUCCCGUCGUCCUCCACACCGACCACUGCGCCAAGAAGCUCCUCCCAUGGUUGGACGGCAUGCUCGAUGCCGACGAGGCUUUCUUCAAGGAGCACGGCACUCCUCUCUUCUCCUCCCACAUGAUCGAUCUGUCCGAGGAGACCGUCGAGGAGAACCUCAACACAACCGCUCAGUACCUCAAGCGCGCCGCACCAAUGAAGCAGUUCCUCGAGAUGGAGAUUGGUAUCACUGGAGGUGAGGAGGACGGUGUCAACAACGAGGAUGUGGACAACAACUCCCUCUACACCCAGCCCGAGGACAUCCACAACAUCUACAAGACCCUCGCCCCAAUCUCCCCAUACUUCUCCAUCGCCGCUGGCUUCGGCAACGUGCACGGAGUCUACAAGCCCGGCAACGUUAAGCUCCGCCCAGAGCUCCUCCAGAAGCACCAGAAGUACGUGCAAGAGCAGGAGAAGACCAAGGAGGAGAAGCCCGUGUUCCUCGUCUUCCACGGUGGCUCCGGCUCCAGCAAGCAGGACUACCUCGACGCCAUUAGCUACGGUGUCGUCAAGGUCAACCUCGACACCGAUUUGCAAUACGCUUACACCGAGGGUAUUCGCGACUACAUGAUCAACAAGAAGGAGUAUGUCAACUCGCAGGUUGGCAACCCAGAUGGCGAGGAUAAGCCAAACAAGAAAUACUACGACCCAAGAGUGUGGGUCCGUGAAGGUGAGAAGACCAUGAGCAAGCGUGUCGCCGUGGCUCUCAAGGACUUCAACACUGCCAACCAGUUGUAGAUGUGCUCGUCCCGAUGUAGAUGCCAGAAGCUUGCCGAUUGAGUAGAUGAAAAAGCGAGUGGGAGCACUGUCAACGUUGUCUUUGCUUUGUAUCCAAGGAACUGCCAUACAGUCCAUUGCCACAGCCGCUCGUUACUAACCUCCUUUGGUCGCUGUUGCAAGGGCUCGUUGUCGAAUCGAUUAGUGGUUAUGUUGUCGCUUAUCGGUGCAAGGGUGUUGUAAUUGGCCGGUAUGUGCCAUGGCCGACAUCAUUGUAGGUUUAAUUAAACACUGCUCAUCUCGAUGAUAAUCCUUGUUCCUGGACGAAG